GAAGUAGGGAGGGUUCAUAGACCCGACACAAACACCGACACAAACACAACAGCGGUGUGGAGUGAGACAGAGACACGGGGGCGGGAGAAGGGAAACAGACGCCAGGGACAUGGAGGCAAGAGGAGGGGGCUGUGUGAGCUCACGUGAUGCAGCGAGUAUCUGAGCUCCGCUACACUGAACUCGCCCAGGGUGCGAACCUGGCCACGCGGCUACGUGGCGGAGUGGCUGACGAGUGCAGCCGGGUGAGCACCAGCCCGGGUGUGCAGUCGCCGCGGGGUAGCGGAGCAGAGCUGUAUGUCGUGCACUUUAGGCGAGCGUAGGUGAGUGUAGCCGGGUUGAGUGAGUGUGGUGAGGAUGAGUAUCGUGCUCAAGCCGCGGUCCCAGUCCACGAGCAGCCUGCGAGGAUACGAGCUCUUCUGCUUCGACGUGGAGAAUGGCGUGUCGGGAGGCCGUAGCCCUCUGGACGCGCAGGCAAGCCCGGGCUCGGGCCUGGUGCUGCACUCGGCGAUGCCGCACGGCGCGCGGCGCGAGAGCUUCCUUUACCGCUCCGACAGCGACUACGAGCUCUCGCCCAAGUCGGUGUCGCGCAACUCCUCCAUCGCCAGCGACGUGCAUGGCGACGAUCUCAUCGUCACCCCGUUUGCCCAGGUGCUGGCCAGCCUGCGCAGCGUCCGCAACAACUUCUCGGCCCUCACAAACCUGCAGGGGACACCCAGCCGCCGGUCUCCAGCUGGGAAUCAGACCUCCUAUCCCCGAGCAGCGCCUUCCGAUGAGGGCUACCAGAAGCUGGCGUUGGAGACGAUGGAGGAACUCGACUGGUGCCUGGACCAGCUGGAGGCCGUGCAGACGCACCGCUCCGUUAGCGAGAUGGCCUCCAACAAGUUCAAGCGAAUGCUGAACCGGGAGCUGAGUCACCUGUCGGAGAUGAGUCGCUCGGGGAACCAGGUGUCCGAGUUCAUAUCCAGCACCUUUAUGGACAAGCAGCACGAGAUGGAGGUGCCCUCAGCCGGUCACAAGGAGAAGGAGCGCCAGCGGCGCCCCCUCGCGUCGGGGGGCGGCGUGGCGGCGGUGGGGGGGGCGGCCCCCGCCGUGCCGUCGCAGCUCGCGGCCGGCGUGUCGCACAUCAGCGGGGUGCAGCGCUUGCUGCACGGCGCUGCGAUUCUGCAGCGGGCGAGCAUCCCGCGUUACGGGGCGCCCACCCAGCACGAGGAGCUGCUCGCCAAGGAGCUGGAGGACAUCAACAAAUGGGGUAUCAACAUCUUCCGCAUCGCCGAGCUAUCCAACAACCGGCCACUCACCGUGCUCAUGUACACCAUUUUCCAGGAGCGAGAGCUGCUCAAGACGUUCCAGAUCCCGGCGGACACGUUCGUCACGUACAUGAUGACGCUGGAGGACCACUACCACGCCGGCGUGGCCUACCACAACAGCCUGCACGCCGCCGACGUGGCGCAGUCCACGCACGUGCUGCUUGCGUCGCCCGCGCUCGACCAGGCGGUGUUCACGGACCUUGAGAUCCUGGCGGCCAUCUUCGCAAGCGCCAUUCACGAUGUCGACCACCCUGGCGUCUCCAACCAGUUCCUCAUCAGCACCAACUCGGAGCUGGCGCUGAUGUAUAAUGACGAGUCGGUGCUGGAGAACCACCACCUGGCCGUGGGCUUCAAGCUGCUGCAGGAGGACAACUGCGACAUCUUCCAGAACCUGGGCAAGAAGCAGCGGCAGACGCUGCGCAAGAUGGUCAUCGACAUGGUCCUGGCCACGGACAUGUCGAAGCACAUGAAUCUUCUGGGCGACCUCAAAACAACCGUGGAGACCAAGAAGGUGACGUCUUCUGGUGUCCUGCUGCUCGACAAUUACACGGACCGUAUACAGGUGUUGCAGAAUAUGGUUCACUGUGCCGACUUGAGCAACCCCACGAAGCCCCUGGGUCUUUACCGCCAGUGGACGGAGCGCAUCAUGGAGGAGUUCUUCCAGCAGGGCGACCGGGAGCGCGAGCGCGGCAUCGACAUCAGCCCCAUGUGCGACCGCCACUCGGCCUCCGUGGAGAAGUCGCAGGUGGGCUUCAUCGACUACAUCGUGCACCCGCUGUGGGAGACAUGGGCCGACCUGGUGCAGCCUGACGCCCAGGAGAUGCUGGACACGCUAGAGGAGAACCGCGACUUCUACCAGAGCACCAUCCCCAGCAGCCCGUCGCCUCCGCCCGAUGAGGGCACGCCCACGCCGCACGGCCUGAGUCCCUCGCCGUCGCCCGGCUGCCACGGCGGAGACGCCGGUAGUGGCGGCGCCGACGCCACCGAUGCUGGAUCCACCAAGGUGCAAAGCGCGUCCGGCCUGCGCCCGCCCGAGUCGCAUUUCCACUUCGAGCUGACGCUGGAGGACGAGGCGGGGCCCGCGGCCAUGCGUUCCAAGGGCCCGUCGGCCUUUGACCCCGGCGCCGACCGACUGGUCGGCAGCGGUGUUGGCUGCUGCUGCUGCCUGCAGAGCGGACGAAGGUGUCGCUACGGUGAUGGAGAGCAUGGCUGCGGACACGAAAAUUGCCUUGCCCUGGUUCCCAGAGUGGAUGACGAUGACGGCGAUGAUAACGAAGAUGACGAUGACGACGACGACGAUGCACGGACGUUACGGGCGCAGGAUUCGGAGUCGCAUGACGUGGGGUUCGGGGAUUCGGACGAUGGGUCAUUCAACCACGGCUGAAAUCCGCAUGCGGCCCGAGCAACACAAGACUUUACGGAAAAAAUAAUAGUGAAAUUUUCUUUUUUUCCACGAGCUUUUCAUUUGCACUUUGGGAAAAAUGUUGCCCCCAGUGAAUGUUAUGGAUAAAUUAAGACGAUACUCUGUCAUGGUGCAACUGCAAAACGCAUCAACGCAGGGGUACGGGGCGGGGGGAGAGACGAGGCAACGGCACGGGGGAGUGGCGACCGCGCCGCUAUCCAAGCGCUUCACCCUCACCGCUCGGGAUGCAGCGCGGCCCUGGGGCGCCACACAGCAAUACGAGUCGAGCACCUCCCUAUCGGCGCUUGCCACCGACGUGGAGCACGGAGCGCUCUGCUCGACCCCUUCCCACUCCCCCCCCCCCCCCCCCCCCACCGGAACGACUCGCGUCAAACGCUGGAUCUGCCUCCCGCCCCCGCCUUCCCCAAGAGCCUCCCUUCAAGCACCGCGUUUGCCUGGCGCAGCACGCUCACGCGGGUGGCAGCAGCAGAAAGCAUUUCUCGGCCUGACGCGCGCGCACGGCCAACGGGCCGGGCGUCACCUCCACAAAACCAGCCUCACGAGUUUUGGACUAGCGAGGAACCCCACUUGCAAUUUAGCCUAAACGGGAGCCCGCGGCGCCCAUCCGUGGGCUACUGCUGGCGUACUCUUCUGGCCUCUCCCGGGAUUGGCCCAACCGAUUUGAUGUACGGCAGACGGGUCCGAUUGAUGCAAGCGGCGCUUAACGGUCCGGAGAGUGUUUUACCGCUGCCCUCCACUUGCCUUGGCCUGGUCUUGCAGACCGCUAGCAAACGCUGACAUUGUACCUUUAACAAAAAAAGAAUCCAGCCUGAGGGAAGCAGCGCACAAAUCCGGCAGCAACACACAUGGAUCCCCGUUAGCGGAGCGGAGGAGACGAAAAUCAAAAGAAGCGGAAACAUCGCCACGCAACAAAAUAUUUCUGGGUGUUAGGCUUAUGAGAGCCAAGGUGUUUGCGAGCACUCGUGUACCGAUAAAUACCCCUGUACUUGCACGAAUAACUGUCACGGUGAACGCACCUUGUAAUAACCCUGCCCCGGUGAGCGUGCAAAGUCGAUGACUAUAGAAGAACAUAGAAUAUGGUAUAAUAAUAUUAAUAAGUUGCCUAACAUGUUAACCCUGCAGAAAUAUUUUGUUCGAUGGUAAAUGUUUUAUCUUCCGUAACUUAAUCUCAUUUCAAUGAAGGAGAUAAACAGAGAAACUGUGAUUGCCUGAAUCUCAAGGUUAAAGGGUCACUGAGGGUUAAAGGUCACUUGAGGUCGUGGUGAACACGCCUCGUGACAUAUUUUCACGCGUUAGUUAUUUUCUAAUUAUUAAUAUUUUUUAAUGUUAUUUUAAUGUUAAACGUAUAAUUUAAAUAAAGAUUUAAAUGCUGUUGUGUAUCGUAAAAAAACUCCAAAAAUGUACAGAGGGUACAUACAUAAAGUACUUAAUAGGGUAACAUGCACACACACAUAUAUAUAGAGACUAUAUAUGUAUUGUAUAGAUUAUCAUAGCGUGUAUCUACGGUACGAGUUAGCCUCUUGAGAGUGGACACAGUAAACCGUGCUGAUGUAGUCACUUUCCCAGUGCUUCCUGUUGUAGCUGUGGGUGCAUGCGAGAGCGUGCGCUGGGCGACCCUGUGAUUGGGUCGUCUCUGAGCUCUUUGGCCGACCACGGCGUAACUCUGAAGAGCGACGGUGGGGCUUGCGCAUGCUGAACGAACGUGGGGCGUGACGUGUAGCGACCGACCCGCACCCCAUUCUUGCGGCACGCUUUGCUUUCGUUCCUCCGCGGCCGGGUCGCAGUCCUGCCCCCAGGCCUGCUGCUCUUGUCCGCCUGGGCGAGUAAACUGGGCACAUGGAAGGUGAGGUCGUCUCAGCCAGGUCGUAGUGGUGGUGGUGGAAGUUGUGGCAAUGGUGCUCAUUGUGAUCUAAUCACUCGGAUGUAGGGAUGGUGAGUUGCACAGAGAUGGAGCCAUCACAUUGGUGAGCUCUGCAGGUCAGCGGGCAGUGCGUGCGGGCGCAGCACACCGAGUAAUUUGCUCGCUCACUGCUGUGCCAUUUGAUAUUUAAUCCGUCCUAACUAUUGGUUUCUUUCGGCCAUCUGGUUUGCUCCCACAUUCGAAAAGUACUCGCAUAAACAAUUCACUAAGCAAUCCUAAAUGAGUGCCCCGCUGAGAGCAAGUGUUAUUUCCACGAAGGCUUUUCGGGAUCAAUGUAGAAACUGUUUAGUUACCAGCGCCUUGGCACUUAACAUUAAUGUCAUCAGCAAGAAACUGAGAUUAGAAUGAACAUCGGGGUCAUUUAAACAGUAUGUUUUGACUUGGAUCUUGUGAGUUGGAGCACCGCUUAAGUAGAGAAUUGAUGAUGCCGGGAGACAGCUCGGUGGGUAGCGCAACAGGGUCUCCUCGUCGGCUCAUCACCACCGCCACCGCCAUCGCCUCCCUCUGUGAGGCCCGUAGCAUCAGCGCCAUCCGGUGUUGGGGGGAAAAGUCAACAGUAGUUGUGCAAUAGUCAAUCUGGUCCCUUGGCGUAGGCUUGUGGAAUUGUGGAAUGCCCUCCACUGGCUCUGAGCUACUACAGGAGAUGAGCAUAAACCUCCUUUGAACACAAGGGCCCCGACUCGCAUCUAUUCCAGUUUGGUGAAAUAAUAAACGACGCCAGGGUCAUAGUCACGUCCCAUUGGAAAUUGGCGAUACCAGAACUAGCAUUCUCCACGAGUCUCUGCACAAAUACCGACUCAGUCUGAAUGUUUGAAAAGUUAAGAAAUGUCCCAAUUCCUGGCGUCCUCACGACACCACACGGUGCAGCGAUGGCCACUCUCAACGUGCAGUACUUCAGGUGAACGUGGUGUGACAUGGUGAUUGGCUUGGCUCUAUGGCGGGAGUGACUGCUGUUCUGAUGAUUUGAUUUUUAAUCUUGUGAGAGGUUUGCACAGGAGGCUGGGUCACUCUAAUAAUUGGCACUAAUCCUGGGACCGGUUUUGUUUAAUUCAACCGAAAAUUAGAAUCAGCUGCCGAAAUAAUGAUUGAUGGUAAUUGGAGCAUUUUUAAACGCACAUCCACGUCACAGUUUAGGUUGUUCUGGUUGUGUCGAUCCGGUGGUGGUGGUGAUGGUGGUGGUGGAGGGUCUUAGGGAAGAUAUUUGGCCAAACCAUCACCUCCGAACGAUCCUGUUCAUCGCAGGAUUGUAAAUCUGUAGCCCCGUGGUCGUGUAAAGAUUGAAUUUGAUACGACGUGAUCCCAAAGAGACGCGGGCGGCCUCGUGGUCACCAGAGGGCUGACCCCCAAACAUGCCGUCGGACGAUGUUCCAACGACUGAGGCCAGACCACCAUGGAGCGGUCGCCACCAUCGGGAAAACAAAGCGGGAGCAGAAAUAGAAGCAGUUCAGAACAAAAAAAAAACAAGAACUGUAGAUGACAACCCGAAACUAAAUUUUAUGCAAAUCUCAACAAGUUCACUGGCACGAGGAACAAAAUAUCGAAGGGUUUAAAUGACGUUGGCGGAGAGAGUCGUCGGAGCGCACGACGCUGCCAUGUGGCGGCUCGGAGAUGCGGCCGUGCGGGUUUUCCGCAGGGCUCAUGGGAACGGAGUCGCACGUGGCCUCUGGAGCCGGCCUCCCCGGUGUGCAGCGCUCAGGGCAGGCGUCGUCGCGGAAUUCAAGAGGCUGAUAGAGGGUACCGCUUACGAGAACGAGAUUGAGUCUUCCGUGGGCAGAACGCCCCCCCCCCCACCACCCCCACCACCCCCACCCCCCCCGUGCCGUUUGGCUGAGUGUUCGGUUACCGUGCGUGUAACUGUGGAGCGUGUCGGCGCUGGUUUGAGUAUCAGUGGUUGUGUAUGCUAGUGAGAGUUGAAAAGGUGAUUGCACACGCGUGGCGAUGGUGGUUUGUGUCUGGGGUGGUUUUGUCUGCUUGUGUGUGUGUGUGUAGUUCACGUGUGAGUGUUGGGUGUGUUGCCUGCGCGCACGUGCGCGUGUGUGUGUGUGUUAGUGGGUGUGCAAGGGGUGAUAUGAGAGCGCAGUGUUCUGUGCCGUGCUCCCAGUGACCCAGGUUCAUAAACUGCCCAUGCACAACAGCAGUGAUAAGUGAUCUCGUAACCUGGCCUGGGCACCUCUUUGGUCAAGUCGGUCUGAAAUUAGUGGUGCAGUGUACCAUCAAACCUCGGGGAAACAAAGGCGGAUAAAUUAAUUGUUGACCCCAUCAGUGCGACCGCCGCCUUACAGCACUUCACCUACCAUGUCUACCGGUGUCAGCGCGAGUCUGUGUGGGGUGCACUGGUUGUGUGUGCACACAGAUACGGCUGUGUCGUGGGCUCGUUUGCGUGCGAGACUGUGAGGUGCGUGUGGCUGCUGUUGUCGAUGUUCGUUUGGGUGUGCACGCGUGUUUUGUGCAAGAGCGUUUUCAGUUCGUUUGCCUAUAUUCGUGUCCCAUCUGUUGCGUGUGAAUGUUGAGUGUGUGCGAGCAUGUGUGCGUGCGUGUGCGCGAGUGUAUGUGUGCGAGCAUGUGUGCGUGCGUGUGCGCGAGUCCGCGUGCGUGCGCAGUCUGACGCCACCACCCCAUAGUCCUCAUGGCAGCGGCCACAUGGGGCAGAGUCCGAGAGCUGCGCGCGGAUGCCGUCCCGUGCGAGUCGAGCAAUUCGAGCGAGUCGUGCGCCGAGAGAUGGAAACGCCACAAUAACGAUUCGCCGCGUUUAACUUCCCCUUAGAGAAGUAGGAGACGAGCAAUGCGCCGUGUUCCCAAACGGAAUUGUGUCUGCUGCAACGGCCCCCGCCGGCGUCGCGCGCGGCGCUGGUGAACGACGCGUUGUACAGCGGCCUCUUCGCUGCGUCUCUCGUCGGACGGUGCUCAUCGUGCAGAGCUUUUGAUUCAGAACUCAUUUAUUGCAUCCUCAGUGCAUUUAUUUGACAAAUGAUAAGGGCGGUUAGUUUACCCUGCUUGAGGAAAGGGACACGCGGUGUUUUUGCAGGACACACAUUUGCAUUGGCCUUCGAAAUUGACUAAUGAGGGUAUAUUCCUGAUAAUGGCACUUAAGAAAAUUACAGAUGCAUCUCUACCAACGUCAUUUCGCCAGAGGAGAACCUGCAGGUGUCUGAACAACGUGGCCGUGUAAUAACGGUGAUGUUUCAGAUCUUGUAUUUUGUCCGCAAUUGGUUACGGUGCGGCCACGGCCGCCAUUUGUGGCUGAUGAUGUCAGAGGAUCGUCGAUGAUGUCAGUUCCACGGUGGACUUCGUGUUGAGACAACACUUCCUCUCUCUCUGUGCCCUGCGGUAGCGAAGCGGCCCGCUGCGAGAGACCCAACAUCCGACUCGUUCCACGGUAGCGGUAACGGCACGCAUAAGGUGCGCAGUGGCGCGCGUACGGCACAGAAGCUCCUCGGCCUUGGCUAGACCACGAGCGCAAAAUAACUCAGCAUGUGGCCGUGUUGUCGUAUGGAGCUACCGACUCGAAAGAGUUGGGAAAAUGUGGCCAUCCCAAUGGGGAGCAGUGAAACAGAUGGGCUCCCAGGGCCAUAGGCCAGUAGGGAGCACUGAGUACUGAUGAGUACAAAUGAGGACAAAUCCGGUCUACAGUUGCGGAUUUGUUUCACUCGCCCAUUGGGACGGCCACACAUUUUCUACGAGUUGGUGGUUCUAAAGGAAAAGGUGGCAUGCCCACUCAGUUCUUUUGAGCUGGUGGUCUGGAUAAGGCUGAUAGUUUUUUUGUACAGGCAUUGCUGAACACCUGCGUGUGUUGUUAAGUCUGCACUCACGUUCCUCUUGUAAUGGGGUUUCCCGUCAUAUUUACAGGCUCUAAUUAAGUUGCGUAGCACACGGCAACUUGAGCUGGGAGGUGGGAGAAGGGUCUCACGUGGUCCUCUCCAAUCCCCCCCCCCCCGCAGGGAGAGUCGCUGGCGUUUCAGAGACCGAAUCUGUGCCCGACACUUGCCGUCCGUGAGCACUCCGAGCGUGGUGCCCCCGAUGGGCUAACGGACACGAAGGCCUCCAGUGAGAGGAAACGCCGCCACUCUCUGCUCUGCGAAAUAGCCGUUCGAAAAUCUGUCUCUCUCUCUCUGGCUGUCUCUCUCUCGCUGUCUCUCUCUCUCUGUCUCUUUCACAAUCGGCAAAGAGGGGGAAACUUGUCGGGAGCACACGACGUGUCGCCACGCUCGCAGCCACGCAUGUGCCGUGCGUGCUUAAACCACGAGCCCUCGACACGGCACACGAGGACGAUGGCGACGGCUCUAAAGUGUGAGGAAUGUUGCGUAAUGUUUGAGCAUGUCUAUGAGAAAUAUUAUUCAGCAGCAAUGGAGUAUUUGAAUAAUUGACAAAAGUGUUUGUAUUCCAUCCGCAUAUUUAAAUAUGUUUUUACCAGCUCUGACCUGCGUACACUUUGCCUAUUGAUCCACUCGAGCUCUUUGAGAAUUUAUAAAAACCCUAUGACAUCG